UGUUGAUCUGGGGUGUAUGUUUGAUCUGAGGACAGAUCAAGCAGCUCUUUCAUCAGCUACAGAACCACUUGAAGCACAAGGACGAGCUGAUGGGGCAGUUUGUGUCCAAACGUAAAGUACCGGCCCACGGUGUGCAUUUUUCCAGCAAUGAGGAGGGACCUCCCAGGUACUCCUCACACCACUUUAACGGCAGCACCGUAAAUGGAGGCGAUGGGCUCCGAAUCCCUCCCACCAUCGUCGUCUCCGAUGAGGAGUCCAGCACAGCAGAGCGUCGCGGCUCCAGGGCAGAGCUGCGCAGGUCCUCCGUCUACAGCACCAUGGACCUGGUGCCCCAGCUGGAGUAUUACGCCAAUUCUUUGCCACGCCAGGUGAUAAAGAGCAGGCCGUCUCUUGAAACCCUGCGCAAAACAUCUGAGGUCGUGGACAUCGGAAUGGACGGAGCGUCCGCCUCUGACUCAGGCAGCCUGCCGGCACCAGAUAUGGAAAACGAAGAGUCUGAAGGUCCUAAGGGCAAAGCUCCAGUUAGAUUUGGCUGGAUAAUUGGUGUCAUGGUCCGCUGCAUGCUGAAUAUCUGGGGGGUUAUUUUGUUCCUUCGUCUGUCAUGGAUCACGUCUCAGGCAGGCGUUGUGUUGACUUGUGUAAUUAUCCUGAUGGCUGUGGUGGUGACCUCUGUGACUGCGCUGUCCAUCUCUGCUAUUGCCACCAAUGGGAGGGUGAUAUCAGGCGGUGCGUAUUUCAUGAUCUCCCGUACGCUGGGUCCUGAAAUCGGAGGACCGAUUGGACUGGUCUUCUCCUUUGCAAACGCACUGGCCUGUGCGCUCAACACUGUUGGUUUUGCAGAGGUGGUUCGUGAUUUGAUGCAGGAAUUUGGUGCUGUCAUUGUGGAUUCGAUCAAUGACGUCCGCAUUAUCGGCGUAAUCACAGUCACGAUCCUUCUUAUGAUUUCUCUGGCUGGAAUGGAGUGGGAGUCCAAGACCCAGAUUUUGUUCUUCUUAGUGCUUUUGGUGUCCUUCGCAAACUACUUUGUUGGUACCGUAAUCCCUCCAAAAGUUGAUAAGCAGGCUAUCGGCAUCUUCGGAUACCGAGGCGACAUUUUUGUCGAGAACCUCACACCAGACUGGCGGGGUUCUAAAAGCAAUUUUUUCCAGAUGUUUGCCAUUUUCUUUCCUGCUGCCAUUGGCAUUAUGUCCGGGGCCAACAUCUCUGGAGAUCUAAAGGACCCUGCAACAGCUAUCCCAAAGGGCACAUUGUGGGCUAUUUUUUGGACGACAAUCAGCUACCUGGGGAUAACAGUAACUGUCGGGUCAUGUGUAGUGCGGGACGCCUCUGGGAAUAAAAGUCACAUCCUGACGGGAAACAACACGGACGGUUGCGUGGGACUGGCGUGUAAAUUGGGUUGGAACUUCACAGACUGUAGCCAGUCGCAGACUUGUGAAUAUGGACUCGCCAACAGCGUCAAGGUUCUGGGGCAGGUCUCCGGUUUCUACUACCUCAUCACUGCAGGUGUCUUUGCUGCCAGUUUAUCGUCUGCCUUGGGUUUUCUUGUCUCUGCUCCCAAAAUCUUUCAGUGUCUGUGCAAGGACCAAAUAUACCCGUACAUCAUUUUCUUUGGGAAGGGUUAUGGGAAAAACAACGAGCCAUAUCGAGCUUACGUUCUCUGCUACCUUAUUGCUACAGCCGUCAUCCUUGUUGCGGACCUUAACGACAUCGCUCCCAUAAUCUCAAAUUUCUUCCUUUGCUCCUACUGCCUGAUUAACUUCAGUUGUUUUCAUGCGUCCAUCACCAAUUCCCCUGGCUGGAGGCCGUCCUUCCACUACUACAGCAAAUGGGCGGCUCUGUUUGGGGCGGUCAUAUCUGUGGUGCUGAUGUUCCUGUUCACCUGGUGGGCUGCCCUGGUCACCUGGUGCAUCAUCGUCUUCCUCUUUGGAUACGUCAACUACAACAAACCGAAGGUAAACUGGGGUUCAUCGAUGCAGGCAGGCACAUACAACAUCGCUUUGUCUUCCUCCGUCUCUCUGACCGGAGUGGAGGAUCAUGUGAAGAAUUUCAGGCCUCAGUGUCUCGUCCUGACCGGUCCUCCAAACCAGCGGCCUGCACUGGUGGACUUUGUCUGCACCUUCACGAAGCACAUCUGCCUCAUGAUCUGUGGCGAUAUUAUACUGGAGCAGGACGUAAAGACGCGGCCUGAGGACGCCACAGACUGCCUGGUUAAGUGGCUGAACAAGAGGAAGGUGCGAUCGUUCUACACUUCUCUCACUGCUGACAGCUUAAGGGCUGGAGCUAAGCAGCUGCUACAGGCGUCCGGUCUGGGUAAACUGAAACCCAACACUCUGGUUCUGGGCUUCAAGACGAACUGGAGGGACAGCGCUCCAGAAAGCAUCGAGGAUUACAUCAGCAUCAUUUAUGAUACUUUUGACUCUAACUAUAGUUUGUGCAUCUUGCGGAUGAUGGAUGGACUGGAUAUCUCGGAUGAGUUAGAAUUAGUCAACCAGGGCUUUGAAAAUGUGGACAAUCCGGACCAGGAAGCCAACGAGGAGGAAACGGAUGAGGUGGCAGCUUCUCCUCGUCUUGCAGCUGAUGACAUGUCUGACGAAGGCAGCAGCGAUCAGAUGAACACCGUGUUUCAAAGCAACCAGGGAAAGAAAACCAUUGAUGUGUACUGGAUAGCAGAUGAUGGAGGUCUGACUCUACUGGUGCCCUACCUGAUCACCAGGAGGAAAUGCUGGCGCCGAUGCAAGGUCCGAGUUUUCACCGUGGGCGACGAACAAAACAUGGAGAAGGGUCGCGACGAGAUGAUAGCUCUGCUGAAGAGGUUUCGUUUGGACGUUAGUGAGGUUAUAGUCAUGACAGACAUUGAGAAACGUCCUCAUCCUAAAAGCUUGAGCAGGUUUGUGGACAGCGUCGCCCCCUUCAGGCUGUAUGAUGAGCAGCAGGAAGGCGUCUCAGUGCAGGAGCUGAGACAAAGCACUCCCUGGAAGAUAUCUGACAAGCAAUUUGAGGCCUUUAAGCUGAAAUCUGAGAGAAAGGUGAGGCUGAAUGAAAUCAUUCGGAAGAAUUCGAAACAGGCCGCUCUUGUUCUAGUGAGCCUUCCAGUUCCUCAAAGCGAUUGCCCCAGUGCUUUGUACAUGGCCUGGAUGGACACUCUGACAUGUGGCCUUCACUGCCCCGUCGUGUUGAUACGAGGAAACCAACAGAACGUCCUCACAUUGUACUGCCAGUAAAACUAGCGAUGCACCGAUCCACUUUCAUUCACUUCCGAUAUCGAUAUCUGAGGUUUAGCAUUGCCCGAUAAAUUGACUUAGUGAAGAAGUGAAAAGUAAACUGCAAUAAACCCUGAAGAACGACGGCGGACAGAGCACAAAGCAUAGAAUUGGACUGAAUAGAUCAAUAAAUUCACCUAAUUUAUCCAAAAGACCGUGAUCGGCGAAAAGCAAUGCCCUGACGGUAAAUAACGCUCAACUAUGAACAAAGACCAAUAAGCAACAAGUAACCAAGCACAAGACACUCACCUUGACUGUUCCCACCCUCUCCCACUGCAUGAAGCCAGGAAGCACAAUGCUGUCAUGUCAUGACAUUACAGCUGCCAAUUUGAACAAAAACAAUCAAUGAGCAAUAUACAUGCUCUGCGUGCUCUUUUGUUCUUGUGUUUUAUUUAUUUGUUAAUUAAAUAAAUAUCAAUGCAUAUAAUUAAAUAAAGUAAUGAUAGCUGCAGUGUACACAGAGCAUUACAAGAACAAAGAAGGGCUCUCAGUGAGGCUCUAGUCCAAUCUUCUGAGUAUAGAGAAGUUCAGUAGACUCGGAUGGUUGUCACUAUAUUGCAGACUUUUGGACACAGUGUUGUCGCAUAUAUGCGACACGUUAGUCAACACCUCUGCACAAUAAUUCAGCACAGUGAGUGACUAUUUUUCCAAAUAACAAAUGCUUAUGUGUCUCUGUACAGCUAGCUAUGCUAACAUCACGUCAACGGAGCUUACCUUUCUUCGAGCUUCUUUUCAAAGUGACGAAAAAAGUUAGACGUAGUCCUCACUGUCUGUGAAAGCGAAGCGCUGCUGAAUUAGCUGUCGCCAUCGGAUUUCUUAUGAUCUAUGCAGCGCAAUUCAAUUAAUUAGACAGACGAUUUGAUCUGCCACUCAAAGAAAACCACUGCGCAUCUCUUGGAGCACCGCGUGCGAGUGAAAGGUGUGGGGAGGGGCAACAGAAACAGUAAUUGGUAAGUCAUGUUAUUGCUUGGAUUUUAAUCGGUGCGUUUUGCAUCCAGUGAAAACAAACAUGUUAACAGAUAAAUUGGACAGUAUGCUGUAAGUUUAGUGAUAUCGCCACAAUUGCGGUCUUUACUGGUCUUGAAAUAAAAUCCCGAGUCCUCAGCACCCGAGACCGAGACCAAGACCAAAUGCGGUCGAGUCAAAAGAUGAGACCUUCAAAAAUGGUCUUGAGUCCUACAACACUGAUGUAUAGAUAUGCAGUAACUUGAUGUAGUGAAUUUUUUUUCUUCAUGUGGAUCUUAAUUUAGAUUUCAGUUCAACCAAUAGUUGAGUUUCUUGGUUCUUAAAGAGCAAGAGAUGUGAAUCAGACUCAAAAAUACACAAGUGUUUUAUACCACUCUAAAGUAGGUAAGGGCCCCUGAGUUCAUUAAACUCGUCAACUUACAAACGACAACUCUAAUACACUCUCGUGUUUAAACAUAUGUUAAUUUUCACUCAUCUUAGAGUAAUACUUUUAAACACAUAGUAGUAAUUUUGAACAUAUAUUAAACACAAUAAUAAAUCCACAAAAAUGCUAAAAGUUUCACUCUUAUGGUUUCACAAAACCUAUGUUAGUUAAUGUGGGCCCUCACUUCAAUGUCCACCUAUAGUCGCUUCCCCCCCUCCCAAAAAAAUAAAAUGUAACAGGCCUGAAUUGAUGAUGAUGAGUAGAAUUUCGUACCUUAAUCCAAGGAAAAAUCUUGAACCUUCUUGGAAUUUCACCUGUUCUUCGUCCCAGUUGGCAAGAUGUCUUCAGCUCCUUCACCAGUCCCUCGGCCCACAGGAUUCAGGAAACAGCAGGAAAGUCCAACGCAGACACAGUCCUCCAGCACAGUCACAAACUCUCAGUGAAAACUCAUCUUUCUGCACUAGGCUCAACUCUGGAACGCUCCCACGACGGAAAUUAUAUUUUAAGUCUUCUGUUAGCCGAGUUAGCUCACAAUACUCAAUGUUCAUUCACUGUGCUAAUGAAUGCUAAUGCGUUAGCGCGCAUUACGUUUGUCUUUCCACCUACUGUACAGUGAAUUCUGGUCUGAAAUUAUCACAGUAGCUGCAAAUAAGAGUGUAGAGUCGAUAUCUAUUAACAAACUGUUGAGUUGAAAGCCUAAAUAUCUGCAAAAACACUCAUUUCUUAAUAACUGCGCCACGUUUUUUCAGCGCGCUUCAUCUCUUUCCUUUCUCAUUUCCAAAUACCGCACGUUAUCCCCUGUCUCUCCACUCUACUCUCUUAUCACUUCCUGACCCUCAGCCAACCACGGACCAGUAAAGUUGCCUUGCUCUACCCCACUUCCUCUUACAAACAUCAGCCCUUCAAAAUAAAAUACGGUGAAGAUUACUUUUCUAUAAAAUGGUUCUAAGUACAGUUUUCCAAAUUCUUUUAACUUAUUAUACCAUGUUACUUCAAGUACUUGUUAGUAAAAAAAAUUUUAACACUAAUUUAUAACAAUUUUAACAUAUUUAAGCAAACAUGAUUAACACAUUCUGAAUUAUUAUUGCUUCUAUUUACUUAACUCAAUACAAAACACCUUUAUUUUGGACUGGGUUACAACUGUAGCAAGUGUUCCUUGAGAGAUAGGAAGGUUAUCAAUAUAAAAACUUAAAUAUAUUGUAUAUUGAGGGAAUUUCUCUUACAUUAUCUUUAAAUGCCAUAUAAUGUAACUUGAUGACUUCUGGUGUAAAAUCAAACAUUUUCUCUUUGAUUGUCAAUAUUUUUUUAUGUGAACUCUUACCGAUUGAGCAUAUACUUUAUGUUGCUGUAGCAAUGUAUAAAUGUUCAUACUAUAAGUAUGGUCAGGGGUUGUGUCUAACUCAUAUAUGAUAUACACUUGUCGAUGAUGUGAAAGCUCUGCUAAGGGAACAAAAAUUAUUAUUCAAACAAUAGAAAAUGUCAUACAGUUAUUUCAGCAGUUAAUGGCUUUAUGUGUUUUUUCUGUUUCUUUCUAACUGUAUAACAGUGCUGUACUUGUACAUGUAUAUUUUGGUUGUGUACAUUUUUCUAAAAUACUAAAUAA